AAGCGUGUAAAAGUGAAAUUAAAAAGUGCGACUAUGUUCUAUGUAGUCAAGGACGGAGAAAAAAGAGCGACUUGCGAGGUUGAUGGCGUGACCCACUACGACGGGAACUUCUUUUCUCCAAAAUCUAAUCCGAGACUACAAUGUAUCUGCAUGCCUGGAUACACAGGUAAUAAUACCGAGCCAUUCUGUAAGAUGUCCGGUCGUUCUAAUUGCGACCCGCUGUUCCGAAAUGCUGAUAAAAUUCAUCGGAACUGUGUACCUAUAUAUUAUGGUCAUCAGAAGCCACAAUCAGAUUGCACCCACGGUUACCGAUGCCAGCACAAGACUUGCCGAUUUGGCAAUUCGACGAUGCAGUUAGGCGACGAGUUGAGUGAAGGGACCGGCGACUAUGAAUCGUAUUGCAUGAAAUGUGUAUGCGAAGUGCCCCCAUUCCCGACGUGCGAGAGACUUCCGCUUUCCGUUUGCGAUCCUUCGAAAUACAUCAAGUAUCCCAAGAUCGACCUCGGUGUUUAUACUAUUGACGAUAAUUCGACUUUGACACUUUAA